UCAACGUAAAUCACGAUAUGUAUACGCGAUGCACUAAUUAAAUUCGCAGAAACUCGCACACAUCCGCUCGAAAGGAUAGCUUAUGGUUGCUCCGACGCAGUUUCUGGCGGAACGUUUCGCUCACGUUCGCUCAGAAGCGUCCGUAACAAAAUCUUGCCACGCUGCAGGAUCUCCUUGUCUCACGUAGGAGAGGAUUAAAAUCCUCUCGACGAGGGAGGCGUCUUCCUCCUCUUCGGCGAGGAGGACUUCCGGUUUUGCGCCAUUAACUAACUUGGCUUGUUUCUCGCUUGGUGCGAGCUUCUCCCUGGCCAACCGUGGAGUGUCCUUUACUACUGCUGCCCUCGGCAGUGCCGUACUUGCAUUCCCGGGACUAAUGACAGCUCCAACACACACGCACACAUGCACACACACAUACACACCCGUCCCGCGUUAUGCUCCUCGAGAAUGCAACGACAGGCACCAAGACGUAAGCGAGAGGAUGGAAGAGCUGGUUAUUAGGCACGUCCUUAUUCGUCGUGCAUCGGGCUAACGGCGGAUUAACGUUCUCGGCAUAUUACAGUCCCAAGGGCCAAGAUGCAAAUUCGUUUCCAAAUCCGCCUGAACUAAAAGCGUUAUUAUAGAUUUUUCAGUCCUGAAGCUUUCAACGCGUUACAUUAUUUUUUCGAUAAUGGCUGUAACUUUUUGUAUUUCCAAUCUUUUAUAUAUUUUUUUGACGUACACAUCUCGUACGGGAGGUAGUUUACCGCUGACUGAGAAGUAAUUGGCAGAUUGCGUGUUAGAAUAAUGAAGGUUUUUUUUAGGAAAUUAAGCUUCAAAUGUUAAAUUAUGGUAAUUUGAUAUUUCCGUGAAAUGCAUUGCAUACAACAUACACUCUCGUGAUACAAGAACAUAUUAUUUGAUGCAUUGCGAUUACCUGUUUACUGGAAAGAGAAAGCUGAAGAAGAAAAUGAAAUUAUGAAUAUCUAUGAUGAGGAUCUUCCGGUAAUAUUUCAUCGAUACUGACGAAGGUUAACUACAAGUAAGGAGCAACUCAAAUGUUAUUGACAAUUACGAAAUUGUUUAUAUAUGUGAUUAGCGCUCAAAAUACACGUUACUAUACAUUGUUGUAAUAUACGUAAAUCUCUUUGUCCAUUUAAUCCUUCUCUUGAGGAUCAAAGAGGCAGUGGUCAGUUUUUACAGUUAUUUAUGGCUGAAGAAGUUAUGACGCGAAGAAUGUACACACGCGUGCAUGUAAAAGAAUAUCGCAAUAGUAAUCGCGAGUUUUCGACAAGGAAUCUUGUAGUGAUCGAUGAAUAGCCUUCUUUAUUACUCUUGUAAAUUUCUUACAUAUUACUAUCGCACCUAUAAUUAAUUUAAUUGUGCAAACACAUCCUAUCCUAUAUCUACAAAUCUGCAAAUAAAACAGUGCUCAUCUUAGAUUGGUUGCAUCGUUCUAGCGCAGGGCGAAAUCAGUAUUAAUCUGACCGAUAGUCCUUCGACAUUUUCAUUGCAAAGUGCACGUGGAAUUUAUAUUGAAAAUUCCAUUUUCAGAAGGGUUGGUGUCACUCACGACUAAACGUGCAAAUAUUUCCGACACUUAAGUUUACGUUGUAGUGAUUUUUCGGCGCGCGUGCUCCGAAUUGAAGUGAAACUUUCGCAUUCCCCGCGCGCUUCGUUUGAAUUAGAUCACGAUUAAAAUUGUUGCUUCUUUUAUUUGCAGUUUAGCCGCACAGCUUGCACUCUCUACAAAUCCGUUACAAAAUCUAAAAAAAAGUGCAAUGUGGAGCAUUCUAUACAUGUAUAAAUAAAAUUAAAAACUUAAAAAGAAUUUUGUUUUCUAAUCUGAUAUAUCCUCUACAAUUUCCGUAUUAAUCAACGUAAUGGAAUUUCAGGUUUUAUUAGAAAGAAGAUUUAAAACAGAGUCCUUCAAGUUUCAGUUUCUCAAACAAAACGAAGAGAGUUGCUUAAUUGUCUUAAAAUUUCAUAAGUUGAGUGAAAAUUUAGUGGAUUGACUUAAAAGUUAGGAGGUAUCCGUGUAAUACAUGUCAGAAAAGAUCAAAGUGUGUGUUUACGCGCUCAAGUAAUUCCCGAAUUUCCCUUCCGACUGUUUUCUUAGGGAACAUUGCUUUCUACCGAAUAGCGCGUCUUCAACUAUGCGAUUAUGGUCUUCCGGUAAUUGUUUUAGCUGUCGCCGAUGUAACUUUCGACGACUGGGCCCGCGUCGCGCGCAAAAGUUUCGCAGGUGUUAAUUAACUGCUAAUUGGAUCUUAUUAAUCGGGACUCUGCCGUGUGCUCGCAGCACCAUCCUUCGGGCGUUGCUUUGUCUACGUUAAUAGAGAACACACGGAGUCUGCGGAUCGUUGUGCAUCCUCUCAGUUUAGUAUAAUGCACCGUAGAACAAGACCUGACCACCGAGAUGGCGGAGAAAGCCGAACAAAAAGUUCCGACCAGCUUGCUGGUACUGAGGCUCGAAUUUACAUGUAUAUCACGAACAAUGGCAAAAUUUCAGCCUGGUCCCUCCGCGAGAUUUCUCGCGUAAUAAAUAAUACUAAUCCUAUAUAUGUAAACUCCAUUACACUUUUCAUUUCAUCCAAACCCUAAAUAUGUUGAAGAAACGUUGAAUUUCAUUUUUUCAGCAACAACACGCGUAAUUCGACGUGAAGAGUUUAACACUAUUCUCUCACGGAGUGCUCACGAUACCGAAACAUCGUGUAUAUAUAUAUAAUAACUUCCACGAGUCUCUAUAACCCAGCCCACACUGUAAUUAAAGUUACGUUACGUAACGAGAAAUUUACUCGCGAUUGCAGGAUGCAGAUACGAGGGCCGCCGAUAUCAGGAAGGAACGGCUGUGAGUACGUCCGAGCCCUGCCUGCGGUGCCGAUGCACCGAAGGUGCAUUGAGAUGCCGGCUCCGGGUAUGCCCGCGAUUGCCAAAUGCACUACCACCGGGCUGUCACGUUCGUUCACCGGCCGAGAACGUGUGCUGCGCCGAGCUGGUAUGCGGUGAACCACGUUAGUACAAUGAUAUCCCCCUUGCUUAAUCGCGAUACUUUGUCAAUAUAACAUAGCGGCCACAGAGUCGAGAGCUGCAAGCCUCUCCAAAUGGAAUUCGGGAAAUUAUGGAAAAAUCUAUUCAGCUGUUUUGUACUUUUCUAUUUUAUAUCUUUCUCAUGUACUUAUAUGUAAUAAUUCUCAUUUUUCGCGAGUCCCUAUAUGCAAUUAAAGAAAGGUUUUGCAAACGAAUUUCCUGAAUUGCUUUAUUUACGUGUGCAUUCAAUAGUGAAUAAUUAUUAUUUGAGGUCGCGGUGUAAGGAGCAUGCCUGCGUGCAGACACGCUCCCUUGCUUCUUUUAUGAAACUCGUUGCGUUAAACGCAUAAAAGUUUCGGCUUCGCGGUAAAGCAGAUUAAAGAGUUAAUCGUGGCUAGGGCUUAAAUUUAUUAUCUGACUUACAGGCGACGUCGAGAAUAUGUUGCGGAGAGCCAGUGUACAAACGAACGUGGAAGCCGAGGAUGAGAAGCGCGUUCACCACUCACGUACAGAAGGUAUUUCUACUUUGUUGAUCUUAUACUUUGUUAUUUAUCUUCCUCAGCAAGAUACCGGCUGUAUCGUGCGCGUGCAAAUAAUAAUUUUUUUAAAUUGUGCUGCAAUGCACUUAUUUCGCAGAAUGGAAAUAUGACUCGGCAUAUUUGCGGCGAGCAAUAACUUCGGACUUUCUUUUUCUGUUUUACUGUAGUAAUUGUUCAAAUGCAGAAAAAUUUUGAUUUGUCUCUUUUCUGGCGACUAUGUCAUUAUACAGUGCGACUGCAUUUUGAGUUAAAUUAGUAGCCGCGCUAUUAUUUUUAAUAAUUUUCAUUCCAACUUUGUCUCCGAAAAGAGCAUCUGGACUACCUCUGCGGUAAAUAAAUGAGCCUCGUUACGCCCGAGUAAACUUGGGUAAAUAAAUUGAGGAAGGUAGAGAACACUCGGCUAAACUCGGGCAUAACACAGAAGGGGUUAAGAUGGCUCGUUACUACUGAAGCGAAUGUAAUUUUAAAUUAAUUCAGGAUUUCUUUGCCACCGCGCAAGGUUUAUACCGGUGCAUUUUUUAUCUGCUCACUAAAACAUUGUUUUACCGCAACACUAUUUUCAUUUGCAAAUAAAACAGAAUUUUUCAGGGCGCUUGUAUUUGUGCACAAUACCAAGCCAAGUGUUCAAUUAUAUGUUCAUCUUAACAUUAUUUACUUAUAAAUUGAUGACUUUUAUUAACCAUCAAAUUUCUAUCUAAUGUUUUUAGUUUCUAUUCUAUUUGCGUAACUUAAUUUAGACUACUUUACUUAGAAUAUUUUAGAUAAGAUAGAUUCUUGAAAUGAUGAAAAAUUAAAUGCAAUGAAUGUUAAAAAACGCAUAAUAGAAUUUGCGAGUUGCCUUGUCUCUCGAAACAACAACUUUUUUACGUUACGCUACGUUACGUUGUAAAUAUAUAAAGCAUCUUUCUUGAAAGUAUUGUUAAAUAAAUUAUCGGAUCCUGGGAAUUCUACUGAACUUCAACGAAGCUCACGUACUACUUCGCGGAUAGAAACGAUCUCUACAAGAACAAUUUAAUAUAAAUUCCUAAACUCCGUUUAAUGCUCAAUUGUAAUUAAAGAUUAAUUGUUGUAUAUAGAUCUCUCUGUGUGCCUUUCUUAAGUCAAACAAACAGCUAUCGUUACAUAUAAAUGAGGCAGCAUCACUAAAUAAAAAAGUAGUAAUAAAUAUACUAUGUCAGGAAGAAACAAAGUGAGAGGCAAGCCAUCAAUAUAUAACGGAAUCAAAUAUCAGCAAGAAAACCGGGAAAAGAUAAAAAUCUCUUAAAUGAAAAUUACAUAAAGAAAAUUGCAGUGUAAGAUGAUGCGCAUUUAUUUUUACUCCCGUAUAUUUCUGAGAAUGAAUGACAAUGGAUCGUAAAAAUGAUUAAAAAUUUUUGUCUCGAACUACCUGUCCAUCUCUCAUUUUGAACUGCGAGCAAAAUAAAUCUAUAAAACGAGAUGAUAUUCAAAUAUAUUAGGAUGUCUACACGACGGGAUUCAAUACGGCUCGGGAUCGGCGAUGAUGGGUUCGCGGCGAUGCGAGUAUUGCUAUUGCAUAUCCGGCGCAAGAAGAUGUAUCCGGCCCAAAUGCCUGCUGCCUCUACCGGGAUGCACCCCGCUGUACGCACCCCAUUCCUGCUGCCCGAUCGCCUACAACUGCACUCACCACCAUCCGUCCACAAUGGCGCCGAUAUCGGGAAAUGGAUGUCGCGUGGGCGAGCGCACUUACGUGGAGGGCGAGAUGGUCCGCGACAUCGAGUGGAAGGCCGCAUGCGACAACUGUUUCUGUGCGAUGGGAGCCAUACGGUGCGUUCCGCUUGCGUGUGCGCCACCACUUCAAGGCUGCAGCCCGAUCGUGCGAGAAGGACAAUGCUGCCCGUCUACCUACAACUGCAGCGGCAGCAUCGAAGUAAAGGCCACUCAAAACUACGCAUCCUACGCCUUCAUCAGCAAGGACUAUGCCAAGUUUCGCAAGGAGACCAACUAUUUCCCGGCGAUUGAUCAAUCCACAAAUCUGCCCGUCGAAGGACGAGGUCACCGAGUGGUCGAGGAACAAGUUAGCACCAGCAGGAUCGAUCUCGAGGAGGACUCGUCUGUCGCCGCAUACUCGACCGCUUGGCCCUCCACCAUGGAGACUGACAUCAUGGACAAUGAAAUCUUGAUAGGAACGAUGGACUACAAAUCGAGCUUGGAAGUGACGACUGCUGCGGCUUCCACGAAUGAGUUAUCGAGUAACACUGAAUCGACAGUAGCGUUCGAGUCGACGCUGGCGUCCACCAAAGAUGCCGAUUCCGUUGCUGAUUCAUGCACGACGUGCUCCACAAGCACGUUCACGGAUUCGACAAUCGUGACGACGGAGGACCUCGCCAGCACGGAUGCCUCGACGAUCUCAUCGCCGGAAUGGACGACGGUGCUCUCGGAACUAACGCUCGAUAAUGGAAACGAUGAAAACGAGGAUACCAAGAGAGACGAAAAUAAAAACGCGAGCGAAAACGAGGACCGGAACGAAAACGGGGCUACAGAGACGGGGGCGCAGACGGGAGAGAAAGCGGAUAUAAUUGAGAAAAACAAAGCUGCGACGCAUCCUUUCGCAAUUUCCACGGAUGCCGGGGAUUCGCUUAUCCCCGGCGAGAAAUCGUCCGAGAAUUCUACGCUCACUGAGGGAACAGAGACCAUCGGCAAGAGACCUGUCAUCAGUCCAUCGUCGACGAUACUCAUGCCGGACGACAUCCUCGUGAUGAACGUGACAGUGAAGACGAAUGUCUCGGUGGGCCAUAUACAAGGUGUCACGAUAAAUCCAAUUAGAUCUAUCCCGCCCGAUGUAGAGGCCAUUUUGAACAUUACUCAUCGCGAAAAGGACGAGGAUUACGACUACGACUACAGUCAACCGACCUUGCCGCCGUCACUGUCAAACGUUAGAAUAAUACCCUUUGUGGCGGCGGACGCGUUGGUGAAAGACAAGGAUGUAUCCUCGCCUGAGACUAGAUAUCCUCCCGGUGCGGUAGUAGCGUCUCCUGAGCUACAACCGACCGACGCUUCUGGUUUUUACGAUAUUGCAAGCCAGAAGAACCGAUUUAGCCCGCCUGUGGAGACUGAAGGUGGAUUUGUACCUAGAGAGCCGCCAUAUUUCGAUGUUCCCUAUCGUCCCACAGACUUAAAUCUCGAGAUUGGUACUGGCGUUACCGUGGUUCCAGAACAGAUUACGAAUCCACAUCGAAAAAAUGAUGAUUCGUCUAGUAAGUGCCACUUCGAGAAUAUGGAAUACGGUCACGGCGAGAUCUUGCCACGCGCCGCUCUCUGCAUAAUCUGCAUGUGUUAUUACGGGGAAGUCGUGUGUUUCUCGGAGAAGUGCUCGCCGUUAAAAAUUGGUUGUCGGAGGAUCAACUCCGAGGAAAAGUGUUGCGGCAAAAUCGUUUGUGUGGAAGCCGGUGAAUCGCCAACGGUGGUGCUCGAUCGUGCCGAUGCCACGGCGCCUUCUCAACGACAACCUACAGUGUCGCCGGAUCCAUUUCGCGAUGUCAUCAAGACCGAGCCGGCACCCGACUUACCUUCCCUGAUCGAGGACAUGAUCCCUUACCUGAUUGAGCGCGGUAUCACGACGUCCAGGCCGACGACAUCCAUGGCAACGUCAGUGUCGAAGAACUCCGCUCAAGGCUUGGCGGGUAAUCAACUGCAACACUCGCCGAACUUUGACUUUGUGGAGCAGAUGCUACACAUACGACCACCCUUUGAUUACGUAGGGGAAAUGGUCGACUCCUCUUUCGUGUCGAAUAUGAAGUACGGAAUGAACGGUGAAGUACCUCCGGAAGAUACCGUCUCGUUAACGUACGAUUCCAAGAAUCAGGUUCCCGGCAAGCCUGAAGGUCCUGAAUCUUCAGCUGGAGCCUUCGGCUACGACGGAACCGAGUUGAAUCACACGAUCGACGAUUCGGAGAACGCUUUCCUCCGGAGCAAUAUCACAGAGGAACAGCUCGCAAUGGGAAACCUAUCCAAGACCGACGAUCCCGACAGAAAGUCUGCCAACAAAGUGGACGAUCGUAUCACGAAGCACGACAAUCAUACGCAAUCAAAUAAUUCGCCGAACAAGGGCGAGAAAAUCGUUGAGGACGUCGAGGAUGACACUAUUUUUUCGUUGGACAGCGUUUUGGAGUUGCUCUUCUCCUCGAAUACCAGUUCCGACGUUAAGCUGACUGAGAUCACGAAGAUGCCAGAUGUUUCCUCCAUCAGCGGAACACGAGAGGAUCAGGAGACCCUCGCCGCCUCAUCGACGAGUACCGAGAGGCUAACCGAGGAGACGGAUACUGUCGAGACGUCCUCGAAGGUCCUCGACAACGAGAUACCAAUGGGCACUUUGCUGAAGCUGGCCGGCUGCAAUAUAUACGGUCGAAUGUAUCGUGUCGGCAGAAUCAUCACAGAGCUUUCGAGUCUCUGCCAGGAGUGCAGAUGCACGGAAAUUGGUGUCCAGUGCAAACAGUUAGAAUGUUGAUCGGACACCGAUUUCUUCUGGCGAUUUAAGAUUUCAUUCUUAAGUCGUAAGAAAGCAUCUCGCGGAUACUUGCAAUCCGAUAAAAAUAAGACUGUCGUAUCGAUAAUCGAAAGUGCAUAUGCGUCGUGUAACAAAUUUCUGACGAAAGAUCUGAAGAAAUUUUCGUCGCUUUACAAUUCGAUAGCAGAAUAAUACAAAUGCGUUUUAUAGGAAAUUCUGCUUGCGUUUUAGUUUUAAAAUUUUAAUACUUUACGAGAUAAUAAUGGAAAAUCUAAGGUAUUUUUGAAAGUAUACGUGUGUUAGUGUGAAUGUGAGUGUGUAUUCAUGUGCGCGCGCGCGCGAGAGAGAGAGAGAGAGAAAAAAUAAAUCUUUUUACAGAAUUAUGUACUAAAAUUCAAGACACGCAUUUUUCGCAAUGAAAAUUUUACAAAGAUCUUAAAUUUUGAAUUUUGUGGAAAAUUAACAUUCUGUUGCAUUGAAUGACAAGUACAUUAAAUUUUAUCAAUGAUCAUGCAGGAUAAUAAUAGGUAGGAUCAUUCUAUUUUACAUAUUGCAAUUACAAUUUCUCUUUUAAAAGAUCAAAGUUUACAAGAUUUUUCUGAUAUAUUUCUCUUCUGUAAUUUUGGAUACAUUUACAAGGAAAUUUGAAACACCUCACUAUCGGUAUAAUGCCGUUCGGAACUAGGAAUCUCUGAAACUAUCAAGAUGGUCUGCCGUUGUACCUUCCGCCAAGACGUCCUGACAGAGCGAUGAAUCUUCAGCUAGAACUUCGAACAACUUGCACUACGUAAUUAUCCAGGCAGAACCGAUAGACUCGGUCUCGAUGACCCUCGAUAACGAGACACCGACGUUCGUGGUCAGAUUACUCUAACUGGAUGUAAUAUCCACGUCGAGUUUGUAUCGUGCUCGAAUUAUUACAUAGUCUCCAUCAUCUGCGAAUCUUCGCCUCAAAUGCGGCUGAAUCAGAUUUAUGUAAAAACCGAUGAAACUUAUGUGUUUUGAGUCCUCAACUAUCAAGAUUAACCGUCUCAUUAGACGGAUUAUAGACGGAUUAAUUUUUUUCUUAAAUCAUUUUUCAACAUUUUUAAAGUCACAGAACGAGAUCAAUCCAGAGAAUGACAUUAUUUUCCGUUUUCACUUAAGCAAUAAUAAAAAUUGUAAAUUUGCGCAAAUAUUUAGUGAUUUUAGCGAUUAGCGAUUCGCAUUUUAAUACUUUCGCUAUUUUCGAAAGAGUUUGCAAUUAAAUUAACGUAUUGAGACUAACGCAAACCUGAGAAGAGAAUAUUUUUUCUUCAAUAUGUUUCUUGAUCAAUUGAGAUUUAACGCCAGUUGACAUUCUUUCGCUUUUCCUACGAGCUUUCACGCGCGUCACCGACCUUUCUUUCGAUUAGAGGUAUCGCCUGUAAUCCGAUUCAUAGCUCACCGCGACCCUCGUCUCUCUCUCGUUUUAUCCCGGGAUUCCCAGAUUCCUUCUUCUAAUUUCUUCCGUGCCUGUCGUUUUCUCUCGCUGUAUCGGCGAGCAUUAUUCCCGGAACGUCGCGCGACGGUCAUAAACGCGGACCUUGGGAGAAUCCACGUCCUGGCGGGAUCGAUCAGGAUGUAAUUGUGAGGAAUAGUCCUUCCGUGCCUCGAAGGAUAAGUGGAUGAAGGCGGAAGUUAGCGCGGUAUUCGCUCGCCCCGACCGCCUUUCCUCUUUAAUGGGAAUUAUCCGUCUAUAUACCGCGUGAGGGGAGUCGAGGGGUGCCGUUUUGAUUUAUCUCCGCAAUUUAUCUCUGUGGGCCGAAUGCAAAAGAUACCGCUAGAGUACUACCGCCGUCAGAGAAAAGGGGAAAGAGGAAGAGUAAUCAUUCGACGGAGAGACGUUCUUUCGAAAUUUAAGUUAUUCCGCGAAAUUACGCAUCUUUUGUAGACGAAUGAAAUCUGUAACGUAUAUAUCAUGAACCGACAUUUACGUCCACAUUUAUGAAAGAUUGUUGAAAGAGAAAUAAUAUCCACUUGCGCGAGCCAAAUCUUCCAAUCUUAAAUAAUCUUUUUUAAUACACAUUGCAAUAUUCUUAAUUGGAUGAUUGAAAAGAAUUAUUUGAAAUUGGACUGACUUGUUGGAGAUUAUUUCAUCUCAGAAUUUUGUCAAUUCUUUAUAAAUGUUUAUAACAUUAAUGACAAUAAGUAUACUUGUGUUACUUGUUAAGUUAUGAUAACGAUCUCAAAGGGUAGCAUCACUGAUUGAAAGUAGACAAUCUAACGAAAAUGUAUUGUAUAUCCUACGCUACGGUAAA